AUGCGUCAGGAAUUUGAACUUCAGGCAGCUGAAGUCAUAAGACGGCGGUCGAAGUCCAGAGACACUUCUGCUGAAAGUGCUUUGAAGCUCAAAAGUGCCGAGAAAAAGUUGACAGAGCUCAAGUCUUCAAUGCUGACGCUUGGAAAAGAAGCUAUUGAUGCUAUGUUGUCUGUGGAGGCUCAGCAACAGGAAAUAACUUUCCAGAAGAUUCUUACCAUGGUCGAUGCUGAGAGAUCUUAUCAUCAAAAUGUUAUUGCUAUUCUGGAGAAGCUGCAUUCAGAGAUGAUUCUUGAGGAGCAAAUGGAAGACCCUAUCUUGCAGCCCGAAACUCCACCGAGAGGUGAAAGUAUUCCAUCUCAUUCUCAUGAGUCAGUUUCCAAUAGAUCUAAUGUUGAGGAUGGUGAAAAUAAAAGCGACAGCUACUUUAUUGCCAAGGUUAUACAUCCAUUUGAUGCUCAAGCAGAUGGUGAGCUGAGUCUUGAAGUCGAUGAUUAUGUCGUCGUUCGACAGGUGUCUACAAAUGGGUGGUCUGAAGGAGAAUGCAAAGGCAAAGCCGGGGACAGCGGACUCCAGGACAUCGUCGAAGAGGUCGUCGGAGAGGUUGGUGGGGGGAGGGGGGUCAGGGUCGAGGUAGUCGAUUCGGUGGAAGUAGGACUUGAGCUGGUCCAGGCUGACGGUUUUCUCGCAAUUCUUACAGCCGACGAGUUUGGCGGAGGUGGAUGGGAGAGGAAGGGAUGGUGGUGA